GCUUAAACUAUUUGUUCCACGAAGAAGAAAUGUGGCACAGUGUAAAUGUUAAAAACAACCAGAGAUAAAGAAACAUGGAUUUUUCAGAUUAAUUUACGUUUAAAAACAGCUUCAUAAACUGAGCAUGGACUUCAUUAAAGAAACACAACAAACACGAGUCUGUCGUUUGGAGUCAAAGAAGAAAAUAUCUUUACCUAUGGGGUCAAAAGCUGACGAUACCCUGAAAACACUCAGGUUGACUAAAAACACAUCAGGCCACACGCAGGGAUCCGACAGUCCACCCGAGUCUUGUGCCGACAGUCCACUGGACGGCUCAGGUUCUGAGGACUCUGUGGUGUCCGGCCCCAGCUCACCUUCUGCUGCCUAUCAUUCACUGAGAUGCAGGGAGUGUGAGAGACUUUUCUCCAAAAUGAUGAGACAAGAGCCUCCGAGAAAAAAACAACGAGACAAGAAUCCAGCCUCACUAUCAUGUGAUGAAUGGGUCCUUAAUAAAACAUGGCAGCCGCAGAGACCGCAGCAAUCCAGAGGGAGGUUAUGGGUGCACUUAAAACGCAUCAGGUUGCAGGCUGCCAAGCAGUCAGAUGAUGGCAUGACAAAUAAAGCCUGGACUCUCUGCUCCAGACCUCACAUGUUCCUGAAGAGGAACUUGUGUCUCUGCAAAAAGUUGCUUGGAAAGUCAUCUAAAAGCAAAGCAAAGCCUCUGCAUCAGCGGAGAAAACGAGCAAAACCUAUACUGACUCUAAACAGUCUGAAUUAUCAAAGGCGAAAGAAAAGGAAAUCCACAGAGAUUGACACAUUGACGCAUCUGUCAGUGUCAACAUCGGAUCUCACAGGAACCUCGGAAGACGAACUUCCUAGAAAUGAUGACAGUCACCAUGAAGGUUUUCAGAAGUUGGUGAAAGUUCCUAUGAAACAAUCUGUUAGUGAUGUGAGCGCUGAGAUUGAUAUACAGGGUAAUUGCAGUGACCUGGAGGGAACUCGUAGGGUUCUGAAAUUUGACACUUCACCUAACUGUGUGCUAGAUGAAGAGCCACAGAAAACAAAGCACCACCUUGUACUUAAGAGUGCAAGAGGAAAUUUAAAGGAAGGCCAAGCAGAUUGUACAGUGCAAAAUGGAGAUCGCCACAGAAGACUUCAUGAUGUUCUGGGUGAGGAUUCAGAUGUGUUUAGAACACCCACAGAUCUCUACAGCACUGAUUUGAAGAUCAGUAGGACGAGCAGGCCGUUGCGUUCGUUUGGUGCACAGAGAGACAGCUUCAGGACCAUGUUAGCUGCACUUCAGCACGGUCAAAACCAGAUUAUUAAGGAGUCCCAUCACUGAUGCUUUUGCAGAUAUCAAAAUUGUAUUGCUUUUUUGUAAUUUAGUGUUGUUCAGUCUACAUGCCUCACAUGCUACAGUAUAUUUGUUUUACGUGACUUUGCAUCACUUAAUGCUGCUAACAACACUCACUUGUCAAGUGUAGAAAAUGUUAAGACUAUUUAAAGGAUAGCAUGAAGCACACAGUGUUUGUGGCUUUAUAUGAGUAGUUCAAAGUAUUUUGGGUUUUAUUGUAUUUUUUGGUCAUGUUUGAUCAACUUCAGUUGUUUUAAAAAAUACUAAUAAAUCCAUUUUAAUAGUGUGCCGCAGUUUCAACUCUGACCACAAGGUGGCGGGUGUAGCACAUAAACCCGACAAGAACUAUUUAGGUGUAUUACAGACUUAAACAUUGUCAUCCUUAUAUUACUAUUAUAUGCUUGCAAUAAUUCAGAUUAGAUGUGAUGUCAGCUUGUUACCAA